CCCGGCGCUCCCCGGCUGCUCUCUCCACCCAUCCGCGGCUACUAGCGCGCCCCUCGCCGGGCCGCCUCCAUUUCCCUUGACGGCCGCAGGAGGUGACCCCGUCCCGGGCGCGGCGCGCAAGCGGCGGCCAUGUCGCGGGGUAGCGCGGCGGCGGUGCCGUUGCUGGCGCUGCUGAUCUGUCUCAGUUGUGGAAAUGGACUCCAUUGGAAGAUUUAUAAUCGAAGUGGCAAGAAUGGCACAUUAACUCAUCCCAACAGCCUUGUCAGACAGAAACGAGAAUGGACGGUCCCUCCUGCUUUCAUACGGGAAGAGGAAGACAAUUCUUAUAGGAAUCCAAUUGCUAGAAUACAUUCUGAUUUUGAAGACACAGGGAUAGUGGUAACUUAUACGAUAUCUGGUCAAGGAGUUACAGAACCCCCUUAUGGAUUGUUUGUUAUCAAUGGAAAGACCGGAGACUUGAACAUCACAGGAAAGGUUGACAGAGAAAAGACUCCAGUGCUAUUUUUGCGAGGUCAUGCUCUAGAUAAGACCGGAGCAAAACUGGAAGAGCCAAUAGACCUUCCAGUUAGAGUUCUAGAUAUAAAUGACAAUCCUCCAGUGUUUUCACAUGAAGUUUUUGUUGGUUCAAUUGAAGAAUUAAGUGAAACAGGUACAAUUGUAAUGAGGUUAAAUGCAACGGAUGCAGAUGAACCAAAUAACCUGAAUUCCAAAAUUGCAUUCAAGAUCAUUUCCCAAAGCCCUAGUUCUGCAUUCAGUAUGAAUAAAGAUACUGGUGAGGUUCAAGUAGCAGCAAUAAACCUUGACAGAGAGACACAAAGUAGCUAUUCUUUGGUGGUGGAAGGGAGGGACCGUGGCGGUGCAGCAGAUGGGAAUAGUGCUACAUGCUCUUUAGAAAUCAAGAUUUUGGAUGUCAACGACAACCUUCCUGUGCUUGAAAGCUCUUCAUUUGAAGGAAGCGUUGAAGAAAACAGAGCAAAUGUGGAAAUUAUGAGAAUAAAAGUAUUUGAUAAAGAUGAAGAGUUUUCUGAUAACUGGUUGGCAAACUUUUCUUUUGUCUCUGGCAAUGAAGGUGGCUAUUUUCGUAUAGUAACAGAUACCAACACAAAUGAAGGAAUUUUGACUCUUGUGAAGGAGCUAAAUUAUGAAGAAAUGAAAAACCUAAACCUGGGCAUCGUUGUUACAAACAAAGCAGAAUUUCACAAGUCCAUUAAAAACAGCUAUAAAGCACAAACAAUUCCGAUCAAAAUUAAUGUGAUUGAUGUGCGGGAAGGCCUUGUAUUCCCCAGUGGGACAAAAAUUAUUGGAGCAAGUGAGAGCAUGCAAGUAGGGCAGGUCAUCGGACAGUAUCAAGCCAUUGAUGAAGACACUGGAAAAGCUGCAGUGCAUGUUAAAUAUAUGAAAGGAAGAGACCCAGCAAACUGGAUCACGAUAAAUUCAAAUACGGGUGAAAUCCAGCUUGCUAAAAACCUCGAUUACGAAUCACGUUAUGUAGUAAAUGGUACCUACGCUUUUACCAUGUUGGGUGUAACUACUGAUCUUCCUACAAAAACAGCCACUGGCACCGUUGUUAUUCAAGUUCAAGAUGAGAAUGAUAACUGCCCAGUUAUUGAGAACCCUGUACGGACUGUGUGUUUAGAUGCAGAGUUUGUUGAUGUUACAGCUAAUGAUAUAGAUAGUUACCCAAACAGUGCUCCCUACAGCUUUUCUGUCAUUGAUGAGCCAGAAGGAACAGCAAGAAAAUGGAUAAUUGCAUCCAAAAAUGCCACCAGUGUACGGUUGGUUCCCCAGGACCUGAAGGCAGGCAGUACUGAAGUCCCCCUGCUAAUACAGGAUUUCCAAGGGUUCAGCUGUGCUCAGCCACAAUCUCUGCAACUGUUUGUUUGUACGUGCACUGCUGAUGGCGGAUGCAAAGAUAGAAUUACUGGCACUGGGUCAGCAAGUCUGGGACCAGGAGCGAUAGCACUAAUCAUCUUGGCAUUUUUGCUUCUGCUGCUUAUUCCACUAUUACUGCUGUUGUGUCCGUGCGGCUCAGGAGCAAAGAAAGGAUUUGCUGCAAUACCAGACUGUAGCGAAGAGAUGUUGCGUAAAUGGAACAGUGAAGGAGCAGCUCCCGAGGAGAAGUUAAUGCAAAGUGUUAUGCUACCCACUGCAUCGGGGAACUUGAAGGGACCGGCCAGCGGAGCAGCAGUAACAGCAGCAGCGGCGGCAGCAGGAAUGAGUGCAGAGGAAGCUGCAGCAGGAGGAAGCAGUUCCGCCUCUUACAUAAGAGGGCAGAACAACAUGAUUACCAGGGAAGAGCAAAGACAACUUCAUCGUGCUGAUUACCAUACCAGAACCACGGCAACUGGAGGGUCUGUAGGCAUGGUAUCUGGAGAAGGCAACGUGGUGGUGACUGGAGGAGGUGUGGCGAUGGGAUCUGCAGGGGCCGUGAAUGAAGAAUUUUUAAGAGAUUACUUCACUGACAAAGCUGUCUCUUUUGCGGAAGAUGAAGCUCAAGCUGCAAGGGACUGUCUCCUGGUUUAUUCUCAGGGGGAGUCAAGCUCCCCCCCUGGCUCCAUCGGCUGCUGCAGCUUUAUUGAGGGUGAUCUUGACGACCGCUUUCUUGAUGAUUUAGGAGACAAAUUUAAGACUCUGGCAGAAAUAUGCAUAGGCAGACGCAUCGACAUGAAAGACAGUAGCUCCAAGAAUGAAUCCAGUUUUGACGUUAAUGAGCAAAAGGCUUUCAGCACCAAACAAGCCUCUGCCUCAGGUGGCUACUUCUCACCCACCCCAUCAGUGCAGGCAGGAGGUGCUGUAGUAUCGGAGGAAACAUCCUAUUCUGCAGAGGGCCAUACCCACUCAACUGCCAGCUUUUUAGAUCCCCAGAUUAAGGAGAACAUAGUGGUGACAGAAAGGGUGCUGGCUCCUGCCUCGAGCUUGAGGGGAAUGGUGGAAGUCCCCAGCCUGCCCUCCGGAAGCAACGUGGUGGUUACAGAAAGGAUGGUGACAUCAGAGGGCCCUGGGGUAGGAACCAUGGCAGUUCAGGACCUCCCCAACUCAAGGUAUGUGGUGGUGAGGGAGCGGGAGACGGUGCUCGUGCCCAGCACUGAGCAGGGCUCACCGAGCUUUCCCACCUUGUCUGAAGGGCAGAGCAUGGUGGUGAAUGAGAAUGACCUUACAGCCUCAGCAGGGCCUGGUAGAGCUGAACAGGUGCUGAUCACGGACUCCCUGCUGAGCCCUCUGGAGGGGGCACCUCCUGCCAGCUCCACACUAAGCAAGUCCUCCAGGGUCACCAAGUACAGCACAGUGCAGUACAGCCGCUCCUAGUCUUGGCACCUUAACUUCUCAUGCAGCCUUCUGUAGGCUUUGUAUUCAGACCUGGUUUUUGUAGUGCCUUAAAAAUGACACUGACUUGUAUGUAGUGUCUUCUUCAAUAAGGACUGUGGCCAAGAAGCUAGCAAAAAAAAUCUACUAUUAUUAUAAAACAUUGACAAUGUUUUUGAAGUGGAACGAUGCAAGAUAUAUAUAGUUUGCUAUUUUGUAACUGUUUUGCUAUAAAUUUGCUAUUUUUAUUGUUGAGUUAGUGUAAUAAUAUCAUGUAACUACAAGCAUAAUUAUGGGAAAGCAGAAUAUUAAAAUCUAGUGAUGGAUGUCAAAGCACAAGUUAGGUUUCUGAGCUGCUCUUGAGUCUAUCUGCUGAACCUUCCUCCCUACUCCCUGAAGGGGCAUUGAUCUCAUCACAUCUUCUAUCUGUUACCUUGUGGAUAGUGCAUAAGAGCAGCUCCCCUAAACUGCAGCUGCACCACAGUGAAUUCAUCGGAAACCUCCUUCCUGAGAAACCCAAGUUGCCAGAGUCCUCUGAGCAGCAGUAUGAAUCUCCUAGAAGGUUGUCACAAUUUCAGGUUAUCAGCAUCUGUACAUUAAGCAAUCAGUACUUCUCUUUAACCUCUGUGCUAAUAUGCAAGUAGCAAAAAGAGCUGAGAACUGCUUUUCUUCUUUGGGUUUUUUGUUGAUUUUGUUGUUGUUGUUGUUUUGGUACUUCAGUGUAAAAUUUCCAUUACUUGGCAUAGAUGUAGACUGACAUGGGAAAAAAAAGCAUUUGCAUCAUGAAGAUUUUACACUGUCUCUUAAUUGGUCAUUUGAAUCAGUGGCUUCUGCUACCAAGAUUUAUGUCCCUUAGGAAUCUGCUGGAUCUGAUUUAUAAGUGUAAUUAAUUGAUUUUAUUUCUGUCUGUGAGUUCACAGAUACAAGUAGAGGAAUCCUGGGCUCCAUCAGGAGAGGGGUGGCCAGCAGGGACAGGGAGGUGAUUGUCCCUCUCUACUCGGCUCUUGUGAGGCCCCACCUGGAGUACUGUGUCCAGGUGUGGAGCCCUCAGUACAAGAAAGACAUUGAGAUUUUGGAAAGGGUCCAGAGGAGGGCGACUAAGAUGAUCAGGGGGCUGGAGCACCUCCCCUAUGAGGACAGGCUGAGGGAGUUGGGCUUGUUCAGCCUGGAGAAGAGAAGGCUGCGGGGUGACCUCAUUGCAGCCUAUCAGUACCUGAAGGGAACCUACACCCAGGAGGGGAGUAAACUCUUCAAAAGGGCUGACAACAGCAGGACUAGGGGAAAUGGUUUUAAGUUGAAGGAGGGAAGAUUUAGGUUGGAUGUUAGGGGGAAGUUCUUUACUAGGAGAGUGGUUAGGCCCUGGAACGGGCUGCCCAGGGAGGUUGUGGAUGCCCCGUCCUUGGAUGUGUUUAAGGCCAGGUUGGACGGGGUCCUGGGCAACCUGAUCUGAAUGUGUAUGUUUGGUGGCCCUGCCAGGCAGGGGGGUUGGAACUACAUGAUCCUUGGGGUCCCUUCCAACCCGGGUGAUUCUGUGAUUCUGUGAUUCUGUGAUUCUGUGAAUGAGGCUAUGAGCAUAUUUUUGCAGUUGUGAUAAUUGCAGCAUCAGAACUGCUGUGGCUUCUGCAGAGCUGUGUCAUGGCAGCUGUCAUUAGCUCUAGCAGGAAAAUAGAAAAGCUCCCUGUAAUUUUGUAACACUUGAUGUUACUUUUCUUUCUAUUAAGUCUGUGGUAAAAGAGAGUACUGUAACGUCUGGCACUAUGUAUAUAUGCAUGUGUAUUUAUUUGUUUGCAGUUUUAAACAUUUUAAUAUGACUUUAUAGCAAAAAAGAAAAAACAAACCUGUGAUAUACUACUUAUGUUUUAUCAGAGUAGAAAUGCAUUGGAUCAUUGGAUCAUACAUUAGUACUGUGUGUACCUCAUAACUGUAAAAUCAGUGAAGUAAUCCGAGGGUGGUGCAAAACCCGUGGACUGCAGAGCUUUCUGGUUGUCUGCUGAGUUUUCAGGUAGUUGUAGGUUAUGUUUUCCACUGUAUUUAUUUGAGGGGUGAGUCAGAAGGUGAUUCAAACACAUUAAAAAGUACGAGCAGUGACUGUGCUCAUUCAUCAUGGUAUGCAUAGGUGUGUUACAGUGGAGAAGUACUUCAAGCAACUCAAACGAUGCACUUGCUUGGGCCUGUUGCUUAUUUAUCUCUUACACUUCAUUUUUAAAGUACACAUCUCUGCUUUUAAGCACGCAAGCAGUUUAAAGUGGUAACCAGUUGUUUUCUCUUGCAGUUAGAGAGAGUGAACUUACCUCUGUUUUUUUUUUUUAAAUGGAGUGCUUCUGUAUUUUUAUGCAAUCUGAAAUAAAGAACUCUACCACACUUUUUCUGUUCUUCCUUCACUAUUAGAUAGCUACACGGAUGAAAGUAAGGACUUUUCCAUUGCAAAUGCAAUGUGUAAGUAUAACUCAGUUUGGGAUUUCCCAAAUAGCCUGAAGGAAUAUCUUAAAGAUACAGAUACAAUAAAAGUUUAUUUCAUGCUAA